GGAAAAAAACGAUCUUGUGCAAAGUUGAGUUGGUUUGUUUUUAUAUAAGACUGUUUCAACUGUCGUGAGAUCCUAUAGGAACUUAAGCAAAACAGAAAAAACGCUGUCUAAAUAUAUAUUAAAACAUCAUAAUAAUUGCUGUUCAACAGCGUGAAAACUAUUCAGCUGAAGAUCGGUCUCGCCUCCUUUUCUGCGUCCACAGAACUAUAAGUGGAUUAAACUAGCUGAAACAUUUCAUACUGGCGACAGACGAUAAGCAAAUCUGCUUUAAAUUAUGAGAGAGAGAGAGAGAGAGAGAGAGAGAGAGAGAGAGAGAGAGAGAGAGUGAGAGAGAGAGAGUCUUGGUGCACAAACCCUUUCUGAAAUGCAGGAUUUUAACGGCUUGUUGGAUCAAGCACGCUUUUCUUUGAAGAUGAAAAACGACGAGGAUGGGGAUUCGUGUGGUUAUGAACAUCACAUUUAAAACAGGAGGCGGGUAGUCGGCUUCCCUUUCUGGCGAUCCCUCGAUAAAGGCAGCCGGACACGAAUCCGGACCGCUGUCACACUGAGCGACAUACCGGCCAGGGAGUCGAGAGUCCGUAUUUAUUUGAGGAAGAACACACGUGAACACAAAACACGGAGAAGAAAUUGGUCUGUGAAGAUUUGGUGGUUGGUCUGUUUCGUGGUGGCGUCCUGUUUUAUUUAAGGACGGCGUGGGCGGCGCAGCAUGGCCCCUCCCCCUCCUGCUAAUAAACCCCACGCCUGCAUGUCCGCCAUGGUGAUAAUCUCCACCAUGGCUACCAUGGACGUCUACCUGGUGGAGCAGAGCUUGGGGCCCCAAAAAAUCGGGGUGUGCAUCACGGUGCUGGUGGGAGACCUGUGCUUCCUCAUCGCGCUCCGUUACGUGGCCGUGUGGGUGGGGGCGGAAGUGAAGACCCCCCGGCGCGGCUGCGCCAUGGUCCUGUGGUUCCUCUACGUCUUUGCGCUGGAGGUCAAACUCUACUUCAUUUACCAGAACUACAAGUCCGAGAAGCGAGCGCCGGACCCCCUGGCCAGGAAGACCCUGACCCUGCUGCUCUCCGUGGGGGUCCCCUCCCUCUUCGUAAUCCUGGCGGCCACCGACCGCAUGGAGCACGUCCGGAUCUUCAGGAAGAAGGAGAGCCUCCGGAACCGGAUCUUCUGGGUGGUGGUGGACCUCUUAGACGUCCUGGAUAUUCAGGCCAACCUCUGGGAGCCCCUGAAGAAAGGGCUCCCCCUGUGGGUGGAAGGCGCGACUUUCUUCUACUGCUACUCUCUCCUCCUGGUCCUGCCCUGCGUCUCCUUGAGCGAGAUCGGCACGCAAGGGGGGGCCCGAAAGACGGUGGUCUACCCGCUCCUGAGCCUGGCGGUGGUCAACGUCGCCACUCUCUUCAUCCGGGGAGGGGUCCUGCUGUGGUAUCAGGACCCGCGCGUCUCCACCGUGUUCCUGGGGAAGAACGCGCUGGCCGUGGCGGUCAAGACCUGCGCGGUGCUGCAGCAUCGGAGGGAGCUGUCGGACGCCAGCCGAGGGUCCGAUCGGAACGCUCCGAGUCUCAACGACACCCCCCCCGCCUCGUCCCGCAAUCACACCCCCGCUCGCACGCACACGGGCUCCCAACACACCGAAUCGUUAGCCCCCUCUUUCAUAUCCAGGGAACUGUAGCCCCUCCUCCUCCUCCUCUCUAUAUAUAAAUGAAGGUUCUUUUUUUUCCUUUUGAAAUAUAGAUACUGAAAUUUCUGAUACCGCUAGUUAUUCACUGGAAUACUGUAUGGGGUUUCUCAUUUAUUAUGGUCUGUAUUUGUUUCUAACUGUACAACAUUCAAUAAAAAC